AGAGUUAUUGUAUGUGAUAAAUUAGGUAAAUUUUCAACACUUCGAAUAAUUUUAGAACCAACUGAUGAAUGUGUAUUUAAUUGUUUAAAAUGUUUUAAAUAUUUAUCAGGAUCAAAAAUUAAUGAAAGUAUUUGGAUGCUUUGGAGAUCAGCGGUUAUGUUAGAAGAAAAUAAAGAUGAAUGGAAAGCAUUUAUAAUUACUUUAUUAUCAUUUAUUUAUCCAUUUAAUGAUGAAAUUAUUUCAGUAACUAAUGAAAUUACUAAAUUAUUACCUCAAGCUAAAUUCUUACAACAAAUAUCUCAACUUAAUUAUCAAUUAUUAGAUUUAAUUCCUUAUAUUACUAUAUCAUUACAUUUAUUAAGAGAAGAACUUCGAUUAGAUCGUACAAGUAAAUUAAAAUUAAAAAAAUUUGAUAUAUUAUUAACUCAAUUAUGUACUUGGAUGGGUUGGCCAGAUAUUUGGACAAAAUAUUAUAUGAUUGAUCAUAAAAUUAUUGAUAAUAAUAUUAAAUUUUUACUGACAUUAAUUAUUGAAACUCCUCCUAAUUUAUUUUUAUCUUUAACCAGUUUAUUUGGUAUGAGUAAUAAUAAUAUAAUUAGAUAUAUAACAUUUUCUCAACUUGUUGAAGAAGGUGAUUCAAUUGAUGCAUUAAUAACUCCUCGAACUUAUUAUAUUUUAAAAUUAUUUGAAAUUAUUGUUUCACCUAAUUUUGGUUCAAAUGUAGUAGUUGAUAUGAUGUCAGAAUAUAAACUUACAAAGGGAGAUUUAGAAACUUAUCCUCCUGGAAUUUCUAUACCUUUAAAAGAAGCAAUUCUGUUAGCUCAAGAAAAUCCUUCAUUUGAAUGGGGGAAUUCUGAAUUAGAAUUAAUUGGUAGAAAAGAUUUAAGUUUAUAUAAACAAGGUUUAACAAUUACUUCAGCAAUUAUUGAUAAUGAAAUAAAAGAUUUAAAUCAAUUACUUUCUGGUUUACUUAAUCCAAUUGAAGGUUUAUCAGCUUGGGAUGGUCAAUCAGAAGCUGAUAGAAUAGCUAUAACAAAAUUAAUAUUUGAUUAUGAUAGAAGAUUCUUUGAAAUUACAACUUUAUUACAUCAAACAAGAAUUCAAACGGCUUCAUUAUUAAUUAAUGUUGAUGGUAUACCCGAAUAUGAAUUAUAUGAAAAGCAAAGAAAUUUAGCCGCUCUUAUUGCAUUAAGAACUUUAACAAUUCCUUUAGGUAGAGCUAUAUUAUUUUAUUCAAGUAGGAAACCUUUAUUAACUGAAAAGUUUCCUAUACCUAAAUUUAAUUUUAAUUCAUUAAUAGCUCCACAAAUGACAAAUAUUGUAUUAAAUGAUUCUUCAUUACCUCCAAAAAUAUGUGAAUGGGGACAUUUUCAUAAUGGAGUUUCAUCAGGUUUAAGUAUAAGUAAAGAAGCUAAGGGGAUUUCUGGAAGUUGGAUUAUAUUUAAUAAACCUCCUGAAUUAAAUGCUCAACAUGCUGGAUUCUUAUUAGGACUUGGAUUAAAUGGUCAUUUAAAGAAAUUAGAAGAAUGGCAUAUUUAUAAUUAUCUUGGUCCUAAGCAUCCUUUAACUAGUGUAGGAUUAUUAAUUGGAAUGGCUGCAAGUUCAAGAGGUACUAUGGAUAAUAAAUUAACUAAAGUAUUAUCGGUUCAUGCCGUAGCACUUUUACCUCAAGGAGCUAAUGAUUUAAAUGUUCCAAUAAUGGUUCAAACUGCAGGAUUAAUUGGAAUUGGAUUAUUAUAUUUAGAAACUCAACAUCGUCGUAUGAGUGAAAUUUUAUUAUCUCAAAUUACAAGUGCAGUAUAUCAAAAUGAUAUUGAACAAGUUCAUGAAGGUUAUAGAUUAGCCGCAGGAAUUUCAUUAGGAUUUGUAAAUUUAGGUAAAGGAGAUGAUUUAAGAGGAUUAAAUGAUACUCAUGUAGUUGAUAAAUUAUUAUCAUUAGCCGUAUCAAUGAAAGAUUAUCAACCAAUUCAAGAACUUGAUAAAUCUUGUUGUGGAGCUGUAUUAGCACUUGGAUUUAUUUAUAUGAAAACUGAAAAUCAUGCCAUGGCUGAAAAAUUAAAAGUUCCAAUGAGUGAACAAUUACUUGAUUAUAUUCGUCCUGAUUUAUUAUUUUUAAGGUGUAUAUCAAGAAAUUUAAUUAUUUGGAAUUCUAUUUCUAAUACAAUUGAAUGGGUAGAAUCUCAAUUUCCUCCAUUAAUUAAUCAAAUAAAAGAUGAUUUAGAUAGUGAUCAAUUAGCUUAUUUUAAUAUUUUAGGUGGUACUUGUUUAUCUAUUGGAGUUAAAUAUGCUUCAACUCAUGAUUUAAUUGCUCGUGAUACUUUAUUACAUUAUUUAGAUGAAUUAAUGAAAAUUACUUCAAAAGAAGCAAUCAAUUAUGAUCAAAAAAUUGCUUAUCAUGGAGCAUGUAAUAUGCAAAAUCUUAUUGCUUUAUCAUUAUCAAUAGUUAUGGCAGGUAGUGGAGAUUUAGAAGUAUUUAGAAGAUUAAGAGUAUUAUAUAAUGAUACAACUAAAGAAAUUGGUUAUGGAUAUUAUAUGUCUAUAAAUACAGCAUUAGGAUUUUUAUUCUUAGGAGGUGGACAAUUUGCCUUUAGUAAUUCUAAUUUUGCCAUUGCUUGUUUAAUUAUAUCACUUUAUCCAAUUUAUCCUAAUGAAAAUAGUGAAAUUGAAGUUCAUUUACAAGCAUUUCGACAUUUUUGGUCUUUAUCAGUUGAACCUCGAUGUUUAAUUGUUAGAGAUGUUAAUUCUCAAAAUCCUUGUAAAAUUCCCGUUAUUAUAUCAUUAAAGGAUGGACAAAUUAAAGAAACUUUAUCACCAUGUUUAUUACCAAAUCUUAAUGAUAUUGAAACUAUUGAAACUCGAUCAGCUGAUUAUUUUAAUACUCAAAUUGAUUUCCAAUUAAAUUCUGCAUAUCUUGAAACUUUUAAAAAAUCUUUAACAAUAUUAGUAUAUAAGAAAAAGAAUUAUUCUAUAUUAAAAUCAACUGAAAGUAUACUUAUUAAGAAUGAAAAUAAAACUCUUCAAAUUAAUAAUGGAGAAAUUUCAGUUAAUGAAGAUAUGACAAAAUUACUUAAUUUACAAGUUAUUAAAAAACUAGGAGAUUUUGAAAAGAAACAAUUGACUUAUGAAAGUAUUGAAUCUGAAGAUAAUUAUAAUUAUACUCAUAAUGAUUUAUCAUUAUUUAAGAUUAUAGAUGAUCAAUUAGAUCUUGAAAAAAUGUCAACUCUGCCAACUUCUACUGAAGAUCUUUGGAAUUUAAAGUUACUAUUUGCAUUUACUGAUACAUUACUUAAUGAUAAUCUUCAUUAUUUAUCGGUAGAAUUUGUACAACAGCUUAAACAACAACUCUGGAAGUUAUCCAAUGGUUGAUAUAUAUAGAGCUAUAGUAGGCUAUAGUAGGCUAUAGUAGAGCUAUAGAGCUAUGGUAGUAUAUGCUAUAUAGUAGAGUAUAGAGUAGUGUAUGUAACAGUAUAUUACAUAUAGUAUAUAUCGUACAUAACAUACACUAUAUAAAACAUACCCACAGUAUAGUGUAUAUAAACAUAGUGCGUAUUGUAAUAGCAUAUAAUAUAGUGUAUAUAUAGAGCAUAUAGUAUAGUGUAUAUAUAAUAAUAUAGUGUAUAUAUAAUAAUAUAGUGUGUAUAUA